AUGAGUGAAAUUCAGGUCGAAGAAAUGGAUCUCGAUGAAGAUCAUGCAUUUACUUACGACAAAUUGAUGUCAUUGACUGAUGAUACAGUCGCGUUUCCAGAAAUGGAAGAUGAUGUCGUUCCUCAGAAUGUACCACUUGCGUCUGAGGAUAGUGACAAAGGUGGUUCUGUUGCAAAGCACGUAAAAGCUUGCUUUAUUCCCCGUUCAACUGUAUAUGAAAUACUGAGGCAAUGGAAUGAGAGCGAUGGAACUGCUAUUCCUGUCGGUUGUAUGAAACGGCCCUCCAAGAAUAAUAGGACUCCCAAGACAAAUAAUACCAAACUAACACAAAAGCACACGCAGUUCCUCAUAGGUUUGGUUGAUCAAAAUUCGUGUAUUACAGUGAACAUGGCAAGAGAGCAGCUUUGUAACAUGUUUCAAGGCCUCAUCAUAUCUGAAAGCGGUUUAAGGAAACACAUGAAAGAGAAAAUUAGACUAUCCUUGAAAAAUUCAAGUAUUUAUACUAUGGACAGAAAUGCUACAAGAUGA